AUGGGAGUCCUUAUCAACCUCCGCGGUCGAAGCCUCUACUGGUUGAUGAAGUUCAUCUGCGGAACUUCCUUCAUGAUGUAUGGGUACGAUGCUGGUGUACUCGGCGGUGUAGUCUUGCACAAGCCGUUCCUGGAUGCAAUCGGUAAUCCCACUGGGGAAUGGGUCAUACCGUGGAUUUCCAGCUCCUACUCGCUGUCGGCGUGUAUCACCUGCCUGAUCGUGGCCACCUUUGCCUUCAAAAUCGGCCGGAGAGGGACUAUUCUUUUGGGUAAUGCCGCCGCCGUCGUGGGGUCCAUCAUCCAAGCGACUGCCAACUCUGUGGCACAGCUUACCGUUGGCCGCAUCAUUACUGGCUUCGCUAUCGGCUGUAUCUCCAGUGCUGUGCCCACCUACUUGGCAGAGACGGGUGUCGAAAUAGGGGACCGUGGUCCAGCCAAUGCAUUCAAUGCCAUAAUGCUUAUUAGCGGUGUCCCAAUAGCCUACUGGAUAGACUACGGCUGCAUCAAGUCCAACGGCCAGUGGAGCUGGAGAGUCCCCAUUGCUUUUCAAUGUAUUUUUGCGCUCAUUGCGGGAGUGUGCAUGCUCUUCCUCCCAGACACGCCGAGAUACUACUAUGCGAAGAACCGGCACGCGGAGGGCGACGACGCUCUGGAGCGGUUGAACGAUGCGCCCAUCGACUCGGAACAAGUGCAGAGGAUUAAGCGCGAGAUCCUCAUCGCCAUCGAAGCAGAAGAGGAGGCAAAGUCGAGUCUACACUGGAAGGCCUUUACGACGAGCGGCAUCAUCGACCACACGCCCAUGAAGAUCAUCCGACGGCUAUGUAUCUGCUUCUGGCUUCCGAUGAUCAGAGAGUGGAUGGGCUCUUCAUUGCUUGCCUAUUGGAGCUCUGUCAUCCUCAGCCGAGUUGGAGCCGCGCCUUCCCUGGUCAGCCUGCUCGCGGGUAUCCUCAACAUCUGCUUCGCGCUGGGCUGUGUGCCGCUGUACUUCACGAUCGAGAGGGUCGGACGGCGAUCAGUUCUCCUGUACGGGGCUUGCGUCAUGUCGGCCCUGAUGCUCAUCUUCACAGUCCUCCAAGCCGUGCCCUCCACGAAAUCCAUUCAAUGGGCAGGUAUCGGCAUCAUCUUCGCCUUCCUGUUCGUGUUUGGGUACGCCUGGCAAGGGUGCGUGUGGCUGUACUGCUCCGAGAUCGCGCCGCUCGAGUACCGACACAUUGGCGGCGCCUUCACGGGCUUCGGCGAGUGGCUGAUGACCUUCAUCACGGUCUUCGCGGGCCCCAUCGGCCUGACCAACGUCGGCUGGAAGUUCUGGUUGUGGGUGUUGAGUGGCAACCUCGUGGCCGUCGCCUUUGUCUUCUUCCUCUGUCCCGAGACGGGAGGCAAGACCCUCGAGCAGGUCGACUUCUUGUUCUCCAAGAGUGCCUUUGUCGCUGGCAUGAAGAAGGCCGAGCAGGAUCUGGAGGAGGAUGACGGGGAGGAGGGCAGCAAUGAGCGCUGGAUCGAGCUCCAGGGAAAAUCCGCAGAGCAGCAUGUCGAGGUCAAGGGGUAG